GUAAAUGAACCUUGUGCAAGCCCAGUGCAACUGCCAUCCUCAAAAUUCAAGGGUCCAGAUAGAACUAAGUGGAACCCCUGCAUUUGGAGAAUGGACCAACAAAGGGUGAAAAAAUGUACAAAGUUAAGGACUUUGAGAUCUUUGUUAGAGAGAGUUGCAAAUCUCCCUGUUUACUUUUUAUGUCAACACCAGAAGUGGUGGCAUAUUGUUACAGUCUCCAACUUUGUUGAUGGCAUUCGGCAGUUUGUGGUUGACAUUUGUAAGAAAUGGCAGGUGGUGACAUUUUGCAUGUUAGUGCCUUUUAUGAAAAACAUUAUGGGUCUGUAUAUUGAAAGAUAUUUGUUAAGGCAAAUUCUAUGCACCUAUGCAAAUACAGUUACAGUAACACCAAAUGUAAUCAAAUAUGAAAAUGUUAUAAUGUUACCACAUAUUGUUCAUGAAUAAUGAAAAAGAUGCUGUAAUAUUCAUGUUUUUUUUGGCAGUCAAAGCUGUUUCAGCUUGAAUACUUAAUGUCCUGAUUGGUCAAACAAAGGUAUAUAAUUUAACCAGUCUACCUCUGUCAACAUUUUUAGACUUUGGUAAUACUAUCUAGUAUAUCCUCUGGUAUGGGGAUACAGGUUAAAUUGUAUUCCUCGACUGUAAGCCUAAAUUUAGUUGUUGAUUCCACAACUAAAGAAGUUUGUACAUUGUACCCUUGUCAUGUUUGAAAUAUGAUCCAUAUAAGCCUAUUGUUUAUUGCUGUUAGUAAAAAUAAAUUGCUAGUGUUACUAAAGAUAUGAACUUAUUUUGUUAGAUUUGAGUACAUUCUCUGAGUCACAUACAUGUAUCUUCUCCAAUGAACAUAAUCACAGUGAACCCUAUGAAUUCAAUUUAACUCAAGGGACUUCUCAAGCUUUAUCAACUGAAGGCUGCAAUGAACUCACUAAGCCUAAAGAAUAGAUAGUGUAAAUUGUCGAAAUCAUGAACUGUUGCCUUUACAACCCUAUUUUCAGAAAAAAAGAAUUUUGAUAUCUGAUCUAAUCAGUAAUGAAGGAAAUCAUUUUGAUUUUUCAAAUAUUUUGAACUAUAACCUUAAAAUUAUCCUGUCAUAAAAAUAAAGUCUGAACUGGUGGAAUGUUAGAACAAUAAUAUCAUAGGUUGUUGCAAUUCAUCCCGUUAAAAUGGGAUAAACUUAGACCUAUAGCAACUGCAUUAGAUUAUUGCUCAUUUUGAAAAGUACAACCUAUGACAUCACUGAUCUAGCCAAUAAAUCAAAGCUUUUUCAAUGUAGCAAAAUGUGACAUAGCUCACCUGGGUUCACCAGAAAGGUAUAUUGGCUUUUGAUUCCGACCUACUGGAGAUUCUGAGACAGUAAGACAGGGUUUAUAGUUAUAAGUAAGGUAAAACGCACUCUGUUUUCUCCUUCAGAACAGUCAUGGGCAUUAAACAGAA